AUGAUUUCUCAACUUUUAUUGUCAUUUUCUCUUCUGACAACAUCAUUCUGUCACACAUCAAAUAAAAUCCUUGGUGGACAUAAAAUCAGCAUUGCGGAAGUGCCUUAUCAAGUAGCGACUUUUUGGAAUUCACGCCAGUCGUGUGGUGGAUCAUUGAUUUCAAAGGAAUUUGUUUUAUCAGCAGCACAUUGUUUUGAUGAACAUGUUCCUGAUAAAAUCUUAACAGUUAGAGUUGGAACAAGCACGCCAAAAGAUGGUAGUGGAAUGUCAAUCAAUGUUAAAUACAUUUAUAAUCAUCCAAUGUAUGAUACUAUAUCUAAUGACUAUGAUUUUUCAUUACUAAGACUUUAUGAAGUGAAAAGUUUUCCUUCAGUUGUAAAAUUUGCAAAAUUGCCAACAGUUUAUGAUCAAUUGAAUGAAGGAGAUGAUGUUUUUAUCAGUGGCUGGGGGAGGACUGAGUUUGGAAAAACUUCUGAUGUGCUACUUCGUGCUAUGGUUCAAGUUCAAAGUACUGAGAGCUGUUCUAAAGAUUAUCAAAACAUGUUUGUAAUAACUGAAAGAAUGAUAUGCGCCAGAAGAAUUGGGGGAAAAGUUGAUGCUUGUCAAGGCGACAGUGGUGGACCAUUAGUUCGUAAAUCUGAUGGCAUAUUAUUUGGAAUAACAAGUUUCGGAUGUAGUUGUGGUGAUCCUCGUUAUGCAGGAGUAUACGCCAACGUUUCCUCUGCUCUUGAAUGGAUUUAUGAAACUAUAAGCUCCGAUUCUGGCAUUGCGAAUGAUCAAGAACCAAACCAGUGUCAAUAUAACUUUACACUACCACAGCACUUAGUUUAA